GGUAGAUAUUCGGUUGAUUUGGGUAACCUCCAACGCAAUCGAAGGAACGAGAUUGGGAGGAAGAAAUCCCGCAAAGGUAAAGAACUUGCCGGUUCUUCAUCUCAAAGACGAGAUGAUUUUGAAACGGGUUACCAAAGGCGAGAUGGAGAUGCGAUGUCCGAAGAACAACUCCAACAAGAAUUGGCCCGACAUAAUAACCGCUUUCUACAACAACAACAAAUGCCGACGACCAUUGACGAAGAGGAGCUUGAGGAUGAAGAUGCGGAGGAAUUGGAACCGGAGACGGCCGAGGAGGAGGGUGCCGGCAGCCACGACGCCGACGAGCCUGCCUCAUCCCAAACCGCCACCGGUAAUAAAAAAAGUAAGUCUGAACUAAUGAAAAAUAAUUUUGAUAAAUGGAAGGACCCACAAACCGGCUAUUGGCACGCAACUUGCAAGUGGUGCAACAACAAUUAUAGUUUGGGAACCUCCGGCGGAUACGGAUCCGCCGCAAGGCAUCUUAAGGCAAAGCACCCCGUGGAGUAUGCAAAAUUAGGCGGCGGAACGGGGAAGCAAACUCAAAUAUCGAGUGAAUUUCCAAUGUAUGACGAUAACCCCAUAGAUCCGAAAACGGAAUACAACGAGAAAAUGAUGACUUUGACGUUCUAGACUGGUGGAAGUCAAAAGAAAGAACGUUCCCGAUUUUAGCACGGAUGGCUAAGCUAGUACUAUCAAUGCCGGUUUCAACAAUUGCUGUGGAACAAGAAUUUAGUUCGGCCGGCAACGUCCUAACGGCAUCUAGAUCGAGAUUGAGUGCGG